AUGGUAUAUGUCAACCAGGGAGAGUUUGCUAGCUUUUUUUAUAGACCCGAAGGGAAUGCUGAAACCGCCUCAUCGUUGUUGCCCGAAUGGGUGGGCUCCGGUGAUGCCACGUCCUGUCAUAUAGUGUUUUUGUCUACUUCAGAUCGUCUUGUGAUCGGCCAUCUCGACAGGGGCAACUUGGACACCUUCUUCGACGUCGGCCGCCAUCCUACCUCUCCACUUGGCUUUCUUCUUGAGCCGACUUUCUCCACCGUGGCCUCCGAAUCUACUCCUCCUCCGAUAAAUGUAAGCAGCAGCCUUGUCAUUAUCUUUUCGUGCAUUUUUAGCUCUAUUAUUAAUAUUUAUCCUUCUUCAGCCCAACUUGUCCGCAAUCUUUAA